CUGGUAACUGAACUAUCUCACAUCACAAGGAGCUAUCAGUCUACAGCCGCACGCGCACCCGAAAAUAACUUUAGGACAAAGAAUGUCCACAUAAAGCGUUAGGGAUAAAGCUUUAAAGAAGAUUUUACUCGUUUUAUGGAUAUUUUCUCCUCACUCUAAUACAAACUGGCUGAGUCGGAGCUCGCUUUUGAUGGCCUUUCUGCAUGGAAGAUCAUCCUAACAAAAGAAAAGCAGUAACCCAAGCCUUGGUUUAUCUCGGUCUGUGCCAUGACUUUUUACGUCUUAUCCGGAUGAAAUGCCCUGAAAGUUCAACCCCGCCAUCAUGGCAGGUUUACACUCCGCUGUGGGUUUAGCAGUGAAGCUCCAGGCUUUUAUGCAUGGCCAGUGUGUCCUCUUUCUUGGGAUAACCGUGUUGGCAUCAGUGAUCUCAGCUGGCUCACCUCUAGCAGAUGAGCCCUUGCCGGACUCACACUCCUCCCCUGUUGACGUUUUUGGAGGUGUUCCAAGGACAACAGAAUCAUCACCAGCAGCCUUACCACACUCUCAUUAUACUGCCUUUAAUGUCCCAGCCUCACCUGGUGCCCUGUUCUCCUCUCCUGAACCGGUUCCCAAAGCAAGGACUGUUGACAGAAAGCUUUUUAAAUCAGCACCCCAUGCAUAUGAAAACAUUCAAUCCACAAUGCCAAGAAAGGCCUAUGUAGGAGAGACAAAUGUCCAGAAUAGUACAUCAGCAAGCUCUAAUGGACCUAUCCAACGGUUUGAGGCAUCAGCUACUAGCUCCUCUAAAGGGAGGGGGGUAAGGACUAAUUCUGACCAGCAAGAAUAUAAUUUUUCCCUUUAUUCUUUGAGAACUGAGCAUCUAUUCCAGUCAACCUCAAGUCCUUCUGCUUUGACAAAACCCACACCUCAUCCAGACCUUGCCUACCCAGAAGAACCAACUCCAAGCAUGGUACAGAGUGGUCCGUCAAAACAAAUGCAGUUUAUUACGACCUCAUCAGCUGACCUGCCUCUAGAAUCUCCCAAAUUGUUUAAAGCUUUGAGGAACGAGUCCGAUAGCAAAAAGGUUGUUUCAAGCAGCGUGAACGCCAGCAAUGUUCCAUUGGUGCAGACCAAACUUGAACAGAACCUAAACACACUACCGAACGUCGAUGAGAUUAUGGCUCCUGGUUACCACGUGCCUUUCAUCACCCCCCAGUCCUCGAGAAUUUUAGCUGAAGCUAACGAUUUGCCUCCAGAUUACUCCUACCCUACCAACAUGGAAGAACACUGGGGUUCUGGGGAUUACUUGGAAACCAUGUCCUACUUCAACGCAGAUAAAGACGUUUAUUCUCCAGUCACUAAGGUGAUCUCUGACCCCUAUGAUAUGGAGGUAAACACAGAGAUCUAUGAUACAUCCUUUCCUUCCAGAGUGGGCUUAUCACCUUCAUCCAUGCACCCUGUUUACGUUUCACCUUCCCCCAGCCUCAUAACUGCAUACCUCCCCAUUGUUCCACAUCCAUCGAUUCAUCAAUCCAGACUUUCUACACAGACUCCCUCUUUACAGAACCCUACUCCCGCACCUAGCACCGACGUCCCUAACAUAUCUGAAGCAGACUGGGGAGAUGUCUUCACUAUUCGGCCAACAGAUGUGCUCUUACCGGACAUGAACAGCUUGGAGUAUUACACCACUCAGCUGUCAAAGGACAGUGGUGUUUCAGAAACAGGAGCAGAGUACAGCGAGAACACCACUGAAGUGUCCAUCAAUGCUACAAUGGUCCCACCCAACACCGAGUUCACCACCGAUCAUCAAAUAGAGGCCUCCAGCGAUCUGUCAGGGUUUGGGCCUCAAUAUGAGUCCCCUACAGCAGUAACCACAGAAAACACUCAGCUGAUAAAUUCCUCUGAGCCUAUUCUGGAUCCCUCCAUUGUCUCACCCUACGUCUUUGAUUCCUCUUCCUCUGUGUGGGGUGGUCUGGUUUCCACCACAGGCUGGUCCACACUUUCACCAACUGUAGACAUGGAUACUGCAUUAGAAGAGCCUUUACAGCCAAGUGUGACUCCUUUACUACCAGAGGACCUAUUGUCUUCUUCAUCAUCUCUGACUGAUGUCCAUUGGUUUGUUACUGAAUCCUUUGACAGUCCUACACUCAGACCUCCUGUAAUAACUCCAACAAUAGCCUUCUCUCCAGUUCCUACUGAAAACGGCACUGCUGUCACAACUGAACUAAUGUCCCCCGACUUAUUUACCACUGAACAAACUGACAAUAUGACUCUAGCUUCAACUGAACCCUCAUCUCACAAUGCUACCCUGGUUCCUCCAGUUAUGUUUGGUGAUCAGAGCGUGACUGAAGAUGGACCCGACAAGCCAUCCACCAUGACCUCAAUCCCAACAAACAGUCAGUUUAUCACUAUUCCUGCAAUGAACACAAGUCCGGGUGCCACAAACACUCCACAUCAAGCGACAGCCGCAACUUCUGCUGCCACUGAGACCUCAACCAGUGUCAGCAUCAUCGCUACUACCAGCAAAGAAGCCGCAGCUGCAUCAACAACGAGACGGUACCUCUGCAAAGUUGACAGCCCCAAUUAUCUAACAAGGACGGGUUUUCCUUCUGGGGUAACUGUUGGUUUUGCCAAAUCUCAAGUCAGAGACAUUUUAAAAGUGGAAUUUAACAAGUCCGUGGAGCUGCAGGUUGUUAGCCUGCCGCCACAGCUUGUCUUCCGGGUGGUGUCGGGUCCAGUAGUGUACACAGCCAUAUCUGUCAUCAAUGCUCUGAGACGGUCCGGUCGACGCUUCCUGUAUGUGUCCCCUAACCUAACAACACCAGACCGGAAGUACCAAAUCCACACAGUGCUGCAGUUUGUCCCUGGUCACAUAGACGUAAGAUACUGCAGCUUCUUCGAGAGCGUUGAGAAAGGUUUGACUAUGGCUUUUGCAGAAGUGCGCCGUCGGUCAAAGGAGUCAACAAACUUCACGGUGCAUAUUCUCAACAUCACAACAUCUGCAAACAAGUAUGCAGAACAGCAGCUGGUGAGGCAGCCAGUGGACAUUACCUUUACUGUCAGUGGUUCAAGGAGUUAUCUGAUGGGGUCGAAGGUCAGCAAUGCUCUGAUGAAACUCACAAUGGUAGAAUUUAGCUACUACAUCGGUUUCCCAGUGCUGCAGAUUGCAGAGCCUUUCCACUAUCCGGAGCUCAACACCAGCCACUUGCUUCGCUCCUCCUGGGUUAGAACAGUACUUCUUGGCGUUGUUGACAAGAAGAUGAAUGAAAGGACCUUUCAAGCUAACAUGGAGCGUAGAGUGGCCCUGUUGCUCGGGGAAGCCAUGGGACAAGUGAGGCGGGUCAAAAGAGCAACCACAGUUGGUAACAGUAGCAUACAGGUUCUGAGUGUGAGCCGCCUGGAGGGAGCAGAAAACCCAGCACAAAUGGUGUAUUUUGUGGAGGGUCAGGAUGGUCAUCGGAUGCCUGCAGUUCAAACUGCCGACCUUCUUAACAGCCUGGACGUUCAGAGGGCUGCCAUUAUCCUGGGAUACCGUGUGCAGGGCAUUUUGGCUCAGCCUGUAGAGAAGGUGGCCGCCCCCCCUUCUGACACAGAGAACACCAACAUGUGGAUCAUCGUUGGGGUGGUGGUUCCUCUCCUCGUGGUCCUCAUCAUCAUUUCCAUCCUCUACUGGAAGCUGUGUCGGACCGACAAGCUGGAGUUUCAGCCAGAUGCUAUGGCAACCAUCCAGCAGAGGCAGAAGUUACAGGCUCCCAGUGUGAAAGGCUUUGAUUUUGCCAAGCUCCAUCUUGGCCAACAGAGUAAAGAUGAUGUCAUGGUGAUCCAGGAGCCCGCCCCACCAUGCUCUGGCUCUGGUCCUCUCGCUCAGUCCAUUAAAGAUGGCCUCAGUCCAUGUGAGAACGGCGAGGCCCCCACGCCCAAAUCCAAAACCUCUGCCUCCUCCACCAAGGCGUCCCGCAGCAGCCAAAGGCAAGAAAGGGUCUCCCCAUCAGACGGUGACUCAGUGGUGAGUGACCGCUCCAUUGAACGGGAAUUGGCUGAGGACAACCUGAGAGGCCAGGCCACGCCCAGCGACAGCAAGCAGAUCCGCAAAAAUAGAAUCGGUCCACCUCCUACAAAUAGCUCCGCAAACGAGCCGCCGUCCUCAGCCUCCAUCUUUGAGCAUGUCGAUCGGAUGUCUCGCGCCACAGAUGCUAGCCGCAGGCUCCCUAACAAAGUGCAGCUCAUCGCCAUGCAGCCUAUGCCAGUCCCACCGCUGCGCAGCCCUCCUGUCAGCAGCAAGACUUCUGAUCCAAACCAGAUCAACAAAGAGAUCCAGGCAGCUUUGAGGCACAAGUCAGAGAUUGAACAUCAUCGUAACAAGAUCCGUCUGCGUGCCAAGAGGAAAGGCCACUAUGAUUUUCCUGCAAUGGAUGACAUGAUCAGCAGCCUCGGCGACGCAAAGGAGCAGGAUCGCAUCUACCAAAAGGCUCAGACUCAAAUAGAUAAGAUUCUGGAUCCAGAUAAUCCAGUUCCCUCCAUUUUCAUCGAGUCCAAGAAAAGCGGCCGCGGGCGGCGCUCUCCAAAGCAGAGACUGAGGGAGCAGCUGAAUGGAGGCAUGAUGGAAGCAGACAAAGACCACCUCAUCACUGAGGAUGGCGACGCAGUCUACAGGAGGUGCCCUGGGGUCAACAACGUAGCAUAUGUGUCGGACCCUGACCAAGGCCCUGGCUCCCCUCUGAGGAGCCCCUCCCCCACUGAUGAUGUCUUCCUCGGCCCAGCUUCCUCCCCUCCAGGCCAAGCCCCUCCCCCACCCCCCUACAUGCCUCCACAGCCCUCCAUAGAGGAGGCACGGCAACAGAUGCACUCCCUGCUGGACGAUGCCUUUGCUUUGGUGUCGCCCACGUCUCAGAGCAGCACAGCAGGGAUCACCCUGCCAGGGGUCAUCAGCAACCCUCAGGGCACCAGCCCUCCAGGCCGGGGCCCCAAAGCGUGGGGCCCCUCUUACCAAGCUCUUGGUUCUUUUCCUGGUAGAAUCACUGAGCUGGGCGUGUCCUCUGCUGCUGUCCCAGGCCUGACCCCAAGACUAGGCCUUGGCUCCAGCUACCUGUCACCAGGAGAGGCAGCAGGCCACAGCGAGUCCCUCCAACCAGACAGCUUGUACUCCGGCAGGGGCCUCUACGCCAAAGAGCUGCCCUCGUCUGCCAGGCCACGCCCAGUAGGGGGAACUACAGGGGCCCAGCUCCAUCACCUCACACAGGUCGGCCUGUCCAGCCGGAUGAACGGUUACCCGGCAGGGAUCAGGGCCGCUCCCGGCCAGAACGGAGGCCUGGGCUGGAACGAUUACCAUGGUGACAAUUUUUCCAGGAUUGAAGCAGAAAAAGACGCAAUGCACAGGAGUGGAAGUGGGGAGCCUACAGCCCCUCCUGUCCACUUAGACACUUCAGCCGUGGCGUAUCUGUCUGCUCCACAGCCCUUGGAAACAUCUCCUCCAACCCACUCCUCUGCCUCCCUGAUCAAAGCCAUCAGGGAGGAGCUGCUGCGUCUUUCCCAGAAACAGGCAGCCGUGUCCAGCUACCACGGCUGAAUCUGGGCCUCAUGCCUUCAACCAGUCUGUUCACUGAAGGUUCCUCUCUGCUUGGCUUCACCUGACGAUGCUUCCCAUGGAAGCUCCUGUAGCUGACCAGCAGAGAAACUGUCCCGUUAAACUGAAGAGGAGCUUCACAGAUUCACAGGAAAAAUAAAAUGAAUGGCAACAAAAUACAUCCGCUAAGAGGCAGUGUUAUGAAAUGGACAUUUGGACUUCCUGAUCAGGUGGGAUAAAUCCAAUCUGCGUCUGCAGCAGAACCACAUCCAGGACUGUAUUCCUUCAGACUGUUCAGCAUCAUGUUUAUUAUAUAAAGUAUUUUCUUCAGAAAUGUUUUAGUGUAUUUUCAUCACUACACUGGAUGUAUAGUUUUUCUCACUCCAUCCCCGUGGCCGUAACUGACUGUUUUCAAAUAAUCACUUAUAAACAUGGCUAAAAUUAUCCAAAUAGGCUCAAAUAUAAACACUCCCACUGAUACUGGUUUGACGUCCCAUCGGAAGCUAAACCCUCCAUUCUUGUCGUUGCCGUCUUUAAGAUUCGGGAAUCCCUCUCAUGCUUCUUACCAAAUUAGUUUCAGUUCUUUCACAGACCGGCUUUUAACCCACAAAGUUUGGACACAGUUUUUCGGUUCUUUCCAUGUUUUUUUGUCUUAGCUUGUUUUAUCUGUCCCAAGCCGGUUCUGAUCUGCUUUUGGGGCAAUGAUCUCAAGAGCAGGACAAACAAGGCUUCGUUUUAGUUUGUAACACAGUACCAUAUUCCAAGCCCACCUCUCACUACAUCCGCCCCACCUUCUCAGUAAUUAAACCCAGUAAAGUCAACUGUAGUAAAUCACAUAUUGCAGCAAAAUUAACUAGUCUGCAAUCAGAAAACAACCACCUUUUAAGAACAAUUUAAACUGCAGCUGAUAAUCUCCACUUGUACCAGAAUUCAACAUUGCUAUCAAAACAUUUUUUUGCUUCCUCUCACAAUGUGUUAUUUAUUUAAUGCAUUUCUGAAACGUACCCCCAUGUUGCUACCACCAUGUUUGACACUUGCUUGUCUUGCUUUUUACAUUUUUUUCCUUGUCACCUGGACCCAACAAUUGAAUAUUUGUCUUUUCUGAUCAUAAAAUGUUCCUCAGAAAAUGUAGUGCUCUUCCAUCUGGGCAGCUGUUUAUUUUUUUAUUUUUGUUUUAAAGCAAUAUCUCAGUUCUGGCCUCUGAACUUUUCCAUGGAGUCCAUUUUUGCCCCUUCUUCCUUUUCUGUCAUUGAAUCUUAAACUCUGAUUUUAAUGGACGCAGCAAGGCUUAAAAAGCUUCAUCGGUUGUUCUGUAUCCUACUUUGACCUCUUGGACGAAUUAACCUCUUGGACUCAUUUUGGUGGACCAGACACUUAGGUUAAGGUUCUGCAUUGUUCCUUGUGUGGGUCACGGUUCUUCCCCUCCAGGCUGACGGAGCUCAGUCACCAUUUCUCAUUUGUUGCUACAUUGAACCCUACUGUGACAUGGUGUUGUCUUUUUUUAACAUUUUAGAUCAAACACAUCACGUCACGUUGGUUUUGUGUCAUUUUUCUCCAACAACCAAAUUUGUAAGCUGUAUUUUCUGUUUAUUCAGGUUAUCUCUGAAACCCCUAAGAACCCGUGACUCUUUCUAACUGCUGUUAACACAUUUGAGCCUGUGUUCAUACAUUUAACCCGAGGAUAUACAUUUUAAAGUGAUUCUUUCAAUUCCUUUUUUUGUAUCUCUGAACAUUUCUGUUGUAUUACCUGACAACGGUGGAGAAAAGGGGUCGAAUUCCUCAUUAAAAGCCCGACAUUAAAUGAUAUUCAUGUCCAUGAUGCAGUGGUAAACCAUAUGUAUCACCUUAGUAGCACUCCUUUUGCAUUCCGCCAUGAUUUAACCAAGGCUGCCUUGACACUGUGAUGUCGACCAUUGGACCAUCUACUGUUAAAACCUGGAGGAACACCACAGUUAGGAACCAGCAAGCCAGUCAGGAUCACACUAUGGCUUCCAUUCAUGAUCAAACUGAACAUUUCUUCCUGCAGUAUAACUGUUUUAGUUUUUUCUUUUGGAUCCAAUAAGUUUCUUUUUUUGGUGUUGAUGUUUUCAUGCUGUAUUUAAUAUCUAAUGGACUAGUACUCUCAUGGCCUUGAAAUCAACCUCCAAACAUAGUUUUUACAGCUGGUUUUGCAAAUAGCUGCUAAUGUAUACUUGACAUGUAUAACUGUACGUAUUGAGUAUUUGGCUGUAACUGGAUGCACUGUUUGCAGACUACUUACUGCUCUGGUUUUUACAAACGAGAUUCUUUGCAGGAAAAGUUGAAAGGUCAUGGGAAGGACUUGCAGAGAAGCGUGACAGGCAACUUUUCUGUGUUAACUGUAUAUUGGAUGAUCAGCUUUUAUUCUUACAGUAUUUAAAGUCUGUCCUGCCUUUUUUUUUUUACUGUCUGCUACUUUUUAUCAUUUUUUGCUUUUUAAAUGUUCUGUUUAUUUUGCCUCAUGUCAUCAUGUUUACUUGAUUUAUUCUUUUUUUUAGCUUUAAAGAUCUUAAAGUAUUCAAUUUUUUGAUGUCUGAACAUGUUCUUUCCAGGAACCUGAGGUGGUAACUUAUUGAUCUGCAAUAAAAGAAGGAAACAUGGACUUUUAAA